CGAGGAGGAAUGGGCCUGGGUGGCACCGGGGUGCUGGCUCCCUUCAGCCUGGUGCUCCACCGUAGCUGCAUGGUCAGAUCAGACUCUCUGGGGUGCUACCUAAGUGCCAAACCUUUAUGAAGUUCUCCAGGUGAUCUCAACGUGCCGCAAAGCUGAGAAUCUUUGUCUUGGGACAGAGUCUCAUGAAGCGCUCCUCAGCAUCGCCGGGAGGCAUGUGCAAGUUACAGAGGACCGGGCCCCACCUGAGCGUUGGCUUCUGCGGCUCUGGGGUGGGCCCCAUUAACCUGCAUUUUAACAAGGUUCCCGAUGCUGCUGUCCGAUACUUUGAGAACGAAUCUUGAAGAGCCUGGCUCUUCUUCUAUUUUUAUUGGAGUUCAGCUGCGAGUGGGUGGAGAGGGAGGAACGAAAUCGGGUAGGAGAGAACAGAUACCAUCAGCCUCCCCUCCUUCCUGGCCCAACCGCGCUCAGAGCUGAAGGUGAACCGGCCUACAGCCUUAUUCUUAGCCUUUUUUUUUUUUUUCACAGAUUGAGAAAAUAAAGGUUCUUCAGAGGUCAUGUGUACGGUCCAGAGCUGAUCAGACCAGGUGUAACCAUCCUGGUUUACUAGUUGCUGGCUCCUUGCCCACACAGGCCACCCUCUCCCCGCCUUGGCGCCGCACCUCCAGGAAACCCGGCUCAAUCUGUGAACCUCUCCUCCCCGCCUCCACCCCUGCGCGUCCUUACGUCCUUACGUCCUUACGUCCUUACGUAGCCACGCAGGCAGCGUGCACCCGAGGACGUUCAAAACGCGGGGAGCACGACGUUCAAAGCACACAGCAUACUGCGCAGGCGCGAGCGGCGAGGCGUUGCAGCCGCCGUCAUGGCCUGUGUCAACUCCGUGCCUAAACUCUACAGAUCUGUAAUUGAAGAUGUGAUUGAAGGAGUACGGGAUCUAUUUGCUGAAGAAGGUAUAGAGGAACAUGUCUUAAAAGACUUAAAGCAGCUCUGGGAAACAAAGAUUUUGCAGUCUAAAGCAACAGAAGACUUCUUCAGAAAUAGCGUCCAUUCACCUCUGUUCACCCUUCAGUUGCCACACAGCUUGCACCCAACAUUGCAAUCAUCAACAGCUUCUUUAGUUAUUCCUGCUGGUAGAACUCUUCCCAGUCUUACCACAGCAGAACUGAGCACCGCAAACUCCAGUGCAAACUUUGCUUUUCCUGGUUAUCCUAUUCAUGUACCAGCAGGUGUGACGCUACAGACUGCAUCUGGUUACCUUUAUAAAGUCAAUGUACCAAUUGCGGUGACACAGACUUCUGGAAGAGCAAGUAUUCUUCAGCAUCCAAUUCAGCAAGUAUUUCAGCAGCUUCGGCAGCCUUCAAUAAUACAGACCAGUGUUCCACAGUUGAAUCCAUGUUCUCUUCAAGCAGCUAUUGAAAAAUCACAGAGAAUGGAAACUGUGCUCCAGCAACCCACAAUUCUUCACGCUGGGACAGUGGAUAGGAAACAUUUAGAAAAUGCCACCAGUGAUAUACUUGUACUUCCUGGAAGUGAGCAUAAAAUCAUGUCUGAAGCUUUGUUGAGUCAGCCAGCAAGCUCUCAGUAUGUCAGCCUUCCUGGUGUUGGAGUUCCUCCACAGGUCUCUCAAAGAGAUGCCAAUGUGGAGCCAUUGCUCAGUGUUUCAGCUGGUGGGACUCAAAAUCUGCAUGGUGGGCCCAUCGCCACAGGCCCUCAGGGGGCUCAGCACCAGCACUCAUCUGAUGGUCAGCUUCAUUUUCUUAAAAAUAGGAUGUUGGGAUGUGAUUCUGUGAAGCAGCCAAGAAAUACAGAGGAACCCAGCAGCCUACCUGUCUCAGAGAAGGAUUAUAAUUCUCAGAUGGGAUUAAGCAUUCAGGUACCUGAUGAAGAUAUUUAUGAAAUAAUUCAAAUAGAUGGAACUGGUGAUACAUCUUCCAAUGAUGAAAUAGAAAGUACAAAAGAUGUAGAUGAGCAUGAAGUUCUAGAGAUUAUUGAUGCAGGAGACCUGAAGGUACUUGAAGGAGAAGCUGAUAACAUAUCAAAUGGAGAUUCAACUACUAACAGUAGUGAUAACGAAGACCCUCAAACAGACAUUGUGGAAGAGGACCCCUUAAAUUCUGGAGAUGAUGUUAGUGAACAGGAUGUGCCAGACCUGUUUGACACGGAUAAUGUAAUUGUCUGUCAAUAUGACAAGAUUCAUCGAAGCAAGAACAAAUGGAAAUUCUAUUUGAAAGAUGGUGUUAUGUGUUUUGGAGGGAGAGACUAUGUAUUUGCAAAAGCCAUUGGUGAUGCAGAGUGGUAAAACUUAGGAGCUCGAUACAUCAUAAACAUCAGUGGGACUAUAUCAUGCAUUGUGAAACUUGUUUUUGCUUCAGUAUAGUCCACAAAGCUGCUUAAAUUUUGGUUCACUGGAAUUUAAUAAAAUUAUAAUUCAGAUGCAGAUAUGAAUAUACAAUUUUAUAUUUCUUUCAUUUACUAAUUUAAAAGGGUCUUUUUUUGUUAAACCCUCAUUAUCUGUACCAUAACAAAGCAUAGAUGCAUCAGGUGUGAUGGAGCAUGAGGAAAUGUCACAUUUAUUUCCCUUGAAGUAAAAUUUAAAUCAGACUAUAGUUCCCCUGCAUAGUGAAAUCAGGAUCAGUUAAUAGAUUGGAGCCAGUGUUUCUCCCAUCUCUCACCAAGUAGUAGCAGGAUAUAUAAGAGGGCCUCUCUGGGUCUUUUAGUCUAUACUCCUUACUCGCAAUCAACCCAGAUGGUUCCUUGGAGGCAGAUGCCUCUGCUAAACCCAUGCUAUACAUGAACAAGGAAAUCUUUGCUGAGGCCAGGGUUCCUGAGCUAAGAAUCAGCCUCUCUGGGCU